CUAGCCGUCUCGCCUCUUCUUACGCCUUGAGACAUGUGAGAUCUUUUUGUCGCGCUGCCUGUGGUCAUAUCUGUCCUAUCCUAUCCUAUCCUAUCCUGCCUUGCCAUGCCCUGCAUCCUUCGCUUCUAAUUAAUCUUACAUUUUACUCGUUCUGACUCAAACACUCCUUCAAGUUCGUCCAUCUUUCUUGUCUGAACAGUCUCGAGCCCCGCUACAAGGCUCGCAGAUGCCUACACACGGCCAAUUCGUGACCAUGGAGCACUGGCCUCAUUUUCCAUUUAUUCCUUAUCCGCCCUCCAAGGCUGGGUACUGGAGCCCAGUGACAUCAACAUUGAACUGGUGUGAAGAGGACUACUAUGCGACACCCUACUCUGCAGAGGUCAUCAAUUCCUUCACAAACUUGCUAUUCUUAUGGCUAGGCAUCAAGGGCGUUUUAAACACGCGCAAACAUGGCCACGAUAGUGUCUUUCAGGUCGCCUUUUAUGGAUAUCUGCUGGUUGGCUUGGGUAGCUUUUUAUUCCAUUCCACGUUAAAAUACCCGAUGCAACUGGUUGAUGAGCUGUCUAUGAUCUACACAACGUGUCUCAUGUGCUAUGCUUCGUUUUCGUAUAUGAGGCCAUUGGGAUUCAGAGCCUUUCUCGCUAUCUUUUUAGCAGGACUGGCAGUUUUCAUCACCUUGUACUACCAUUACCUACAAGACCCUGUAUUCCAUCAGAACGCCUAUGCACUGCUUACGACUAUUGUCGUGAUCCGCAGCAUGUACACGAUGGAAGUAGCAUUACGUCCCAAAUGGCGCAAGUCUCGCGAGGAGGACCGUCUAGCCCGCGAAAAGCAGGGGCUGCCUGUUCCUAGCAAGGAGAGGCAAGAAUUCGAAAAUACACGUGAUUUGAAGACCCUCAAGACCAUGUGGUUCAUGGUGGCUUAUGGCCUUAGCAUGUUCCUGGGCGGAUUCGGUAUUUGGAACUUGGACAAUCACUUUUGCAGCACACUGCGGCAGUGGAGGCAGACCAUCGGAUUGCCUUGGGGUAUUCUCCUAGAAGGCCAUGGCUGGUGGCAUCUAAUGACGGGCAUUGGCGCAUACCUUUAUCUUGUCUGGGGCAUCUGGCUCCGACACGUUCUUAACAAGGAACAAGAUAAUUAUCUUCUGGUGUGGUCGCAUUUCUGGAAUUUCCCCGAGAUUGUCCGCACAUCGUCUAUUACUAAGAGCAACGGCUCUUCGAAAAAGAACCACUGAGCACAAGAUGUUCGAAUCCUCUCUCUUUAGAAUGCGGUUUAUCCUAAAUGAUGAGACCCUAUGACCGAUAGCAACGGUAGUACAAGCCAGUUUGACUUGAAUUGGGGUUAUUAUCGAAACCUGUCCAUUCGUUAUUGAACCUGUUUGCAUGUCUGGAGGUUGAUGGGCGUCCCUAUGAUUAGAUUUUAUACUUUACUCGGAUGGCGACAGCUUGCAUUGGAUGAUUCUAUAUCAUUGCCUUUGUUGUGUUAGUAGAAUCAAAAGAUUUGAAUUUAUUUAAAAUCACGAUGAAUGGUUCUAGCUUGAGGAUUUGAUUUGGUUAAAAUGAUAGAUAUUCACAUUAAAGU